AUGGAGCAAGGCUUCUACAAGGAUCAGAGGAGGAUAACUGCAAUUGAAGAACCUUGGGAUCAGAAUCCCGGAGAGAAGGACGUCGGCCAGGAGGGAGACGUUCCAAAGAAGGCAGAUCGAUACGGGUACUAUAACGAGAACGACCUCCAGGUUUGGCAGAAAGAGCUAGGGCAGACAAGUGCCAAGGACCAGUGGUGUCAUUUACUGAAGACGAUCCUAAUGAUGGUGCAACAUCUGCACAACGAUGCCUUGGUGUUACAAGGAGCUUGGCCUUUAUCAAGACGAUCUGGAACAAUCCAAUGGUCCAAUGGUUGGGUUCAAUGGGAGCUGACGUGCCCUGGGAACAGUAAGUUUGGAGGUGCAGACUUGGCACCCCAGAAGAACCCUAGUGUUGCUUCAAAACUCAGACGAAUUGAGAGUAGAGGCGAAACAACGAGGAGAGGAGAGGAGAGGAGAGGCAGCGGUGAGACAAGGGGAAACAACGGCGACGACGGCGAAACGACAGCGACGAGGAUCAUGUCAAUGUCAAUGGGUUCAAACGUUGAUGCUGGAUAUUUGCAAAAUCAGAGAUGCAAUUGUGGAAAAAAAGCUGCAGUGUUCAUAUCAGAAUCAGAGAAAAAUCCAGGGAGGCUGUAUUUCAAGUGUCCAAAUAGGAUGUGCGAGUUCUUUGGGUGGGGACCGGCUUCGACUGGGAAUGCAUCAGAUUUCCAAAGGAAAAGUAAAGCUAGUCAUAUGCAGAAUGAAGAUGAGAGAGGCUAUGAUUAUGAUGUUGACAAACUCAAUCAAAUUAUAAAUAAAUUGGAACGAGUUGAAGCAAACCAAGAAGCUAUGAAACUGUUUAUGUUCACAGCCAUAGUCUUGAUUGGUUUUACCAUGCUAAUAGCACUACUGAAGUGAAUGUAACCUUUUAGUUAUUUUUUUGGUAUUUUGUUUUUUUUUUUUUUUUUGGUGGAUGUAU